AUGGCGCCAAAAAAGCCUUCCAACAGACAAACGUUAAGGAGAGAGGUUGCCCCUGAAGUGUUUCAAGACUCACAAGCCAGAAACCAGUUGGCUAAUGUUCCUCAGCUUACCGAAAAAUCUGCUCAGCGCAAGCCUACCAGAACAAAGGUAAGAAAAGAACAAUCUCUCGCUAGACUUUACGGUGCUAAGAAGGAUAAGAAGGGAAAAUAUUCUGAGAAAGAUUUAGACAUUCCAACACUAAACAGAGCUAUCGUUCCAGGUGUUAAAAUAAGGAGAGGAAAGAAAGGUAAGAAGUUCAUUGCCGAUGAUGACAGUUUGACUUUAAACCGUUUAAUAAAAACUAUUGGUGACAAAUAUGACGAUAUAGCUGAAAGUAAGUUAGAAAAGGCUAGAAGAUUAGAAGAGAUACGAGAAUUGAAGAGAAAAGAAAUUGAGAGAAAGGAAGCGCUGAAACAAGAUAAGCUUGAAGAGAAAAAAGAUGAGAUCAAGAAGAAAUCUUCAGUUGCAAGAGUUUUACGUAGAAAGAACAAACGUGACAUGUUGAAAAGCGAAGCUGGCCCCAGUGAAGAUAAACCUAAAGAAAAGAAGGUGAAGAAGGUUUCAUUUGCUUAA